AUGCUGCACCACGCGAGCAAGCGCCUGGCGCGCGCGGGCUUCGAGGUGCUCGGCGGCUGGCUGUCCCCGGGCGGGCCCGCGCGGGGCCCCGCGCAGGCCCCGCCCCCCGCGCAGGGGCCCCUGAGCGAGGCGUUCCGCCUGCACACCGCGGCCCUCGCCUGCGAGGGCGACGAGCUCGUGAGCGCGUCGCGCUGGGAGGCCACGCUGGGCCGCGCGGCCUCCCCGGGGGAGGUCGUCGCCGCCCUCCGCGCCGCGCUCAACGCCGAGUUCCAGGGGGCGUCCUGGGUGGCGGACGUGCGCAUCUUCGUCGCGUGCCUCGGGGAGGAGGUGAAGCAGUACCAGAGAAUCACGACCGGCGAGAAGCAGGGCCUCGUAGUGGUGCCCAGGCCCGACGAGGAUGACCAAUUGGAGAAGACGAGCUCGCUGAUGUAUGUGGCUGACCCACCGCUGGACCGCCUGACUCUGCUUAGCGACUGUAAACUGCGGGCGGCGAUGAACGCCGGGGACCGCGCCUUCAUCAUCCAGUCGACCACAGAAAGCCUGGCACAGUUCUUGCUGGAGCCCUCCCAGGAAGCAAAGGCCGAGUUUGCGGCAGACUUCGCGAGGCUGGCGCCGACGCCAGAGGGCGCGUGGCCCAGCAAGAAGCUGAUGCAGAGGCUGGCGACGGUCCAGGACAACAGGUACCCCGCGGUGCUGGUGGCGACCGGUGCCAUGAGCCCCGCACACCGGGGGCACGUGCUGAUGAUGUGGGAGGCCAAGGCGCGGCUGGAGCGCUGCGGCUACGCCGUCGUCGGCGCCUGGCUCUCCCCCGGCGGCGCGGCCGCCGCGGCAGCCCACGCGCAGGCGACGGGCGGCCCGCAGCUCAGCUGGGCGUUCCGGCACAUCGCCGCCGAGCUCUCGGUCUGCGACGACGACUUCGUGGCCGUGCGGUCGGUGGAGCCGCCCGAGCCGGGCGGGGCGGCGGCCUCCGCGCAGGAGCUGUGCCGCGAGGUGCAGCAGUACCUGUCGGAGCGCUUCAGCGCCUCCUUCGAGGGCCAGAUGGUGCGCGUCUUCCUCGUCUGCGGCACCGACGUGGCAGAAAAGAGCGGCCUCUACUCCGGCGUCCUUCCGCACCGUGAGCUCGGUGUGGUCAUCGUGCCCCGGGAAGACGAGGAGCCGCGCCUCGAGGUGCCCAGUCAGCUCGUCUACGUGGCGGACCCAAUCCCGGGGGACGCCUGCGCCUUCAGCUCCUCGAGGGUGCGAGCGGCCAUCCGCGAGGGCAGCGUGGCGGCCGCCUCCCAGGAGAUGGCCCCGGCGGCGGCGCGCUACGUGCUGGCCCCGACGCCCGCGGAGCGCAGGGAGAUGUCUGCGGACUACGAGGCGCUGGCGGUCAAGAGCAUGGGGCGUGAGGAGCUAGACCAGUCCAUGGCCAAGCUCAAGGAGACCCUGCGGGCCUGGGCUGGUCCCCAGGGCUGCGUGCGCCAGGCGGAUCUCGCGCGGCUGCUGCACUUCAUCGACCCGUCGUGGACGGAGAAGGAGAUGAACGCCCUCAUGGGCAGCGCCAAGAUCUCCCCCGACGGCACGCUGGUCACGGACGAGUUCAUCGACUGGAUCUUCAACCACUGCCAGGCCUGAGCCUCGGACUGAGCGGCAGCCCUUCCCCGGCGCGGCCCCCCCAAGCUUUCCCCGCCCGGCUCGCCACGGGCCAGGCCCACUGGGUCGGCGAUUCACACUGGAGGAGGAGGAGGGCUCUCCGUCCCUCACCCGGCGCACCUUCUAUGGUCGCACGACGGCUGCAGGGCUCCGCGGCGCGCCCGCCGCGCGCCCGCCCGCGCGCCGCCAAUACGGCUCGCGCCAGGGGCGCGGCGGCCUUCGGACUGGUGGGAGCCCCUGCGGCAGCGCGGCCGCCUUCGCGGCCGGCUCGUCCUCGGCGCCGCCCGUCUGGGACUUCGGCACUUCCUUGAGCUGUCUGGAAAGCC